AACAUAAACUCAGUUGAUAGUCUAUACUGUACCUGAAAAGUUUAAUAGCAGUCUAACAAAACGAAUUGAUGUGCGGAGAAAAUGCAGAAUCAGGACAGCAACAACCUUCGCAAUCUUCCCAUUGACAUCGCCUUCGCUCGUCUCGGUGAAUGGCUGGUUGAUCGGAAGAAAAUUCCAUCUGAAUGGAGAAAGAAGCUGGCUUCCAUCAAAUCCAACAUCAUCUCCGCCUUCUCUUCUCUUCCCAAACACACCCAUCCUCUUUUCCUUACCCUCCACCCUCAAGAUAUUGGUUAUUUGGAAGCCAAGAAAAUUUAUGAUAUUCUCCUCAAUUCCACUCCCGAAACCCGUAAUUUCUUUGGCCGCCUUUCAGGUCAUACGGGAACUUGGGAGGCAAUCGUUCGGGCCUAUGAGAAGGACUUUGUUUAUCUCGCUGAAGCUGCUCAACUCAUGGUCCAGAAUGUUAAUUAUGAAAUACCUUAUGAAAAGAAGCAGGUUAAAAAGAUUCAGCAGCAACUAGCUGAACUAGAGCGCAGGGAAGCUGAUAUCAAAAGAAGUGCAUCACUCUCUGCUGCUAAAUAUGCCGAAGCUUGUCAAGACCUUGGACUGCAGGGAACUAAUGUAAGGUUGGAACUCAUAGAAACUGCAAUAGGAUCUCUUCCAAACACAUUUAGCAGAAUACUGGAAGUUAUAAAUAGUGAUUCUAUGUCAAAGUCUAUUGAGUAUUACUCCAACUUUGUUAGAGAUGCUCAUACAGAUAAAGAUAAUACUCCGACAGCUCUGUUAACUAAUCUGAUUAAUGUUCGUGAAAAUCCACCCUUUCUGGAUGUUUCUGUGGGAUCUGAAGUUCUUAAUUCUGUGAAUGCUAAAGCCAACAUCGAUGAUCUGCAUAUUGUGAUGGGAAAUGAAGACACCAUGGACAACAAUAUUGAUUGGGAUAUUACCUUGGACAGCGCUCAGAUUGAUUGGGAUAUUGGCACUGUUGAGGACGCGGACGAUACUAAUGGUUUGGCAUCUUAUGAAAUUAUCACUGCCAGUGAUAUUGAACCAUAUGAUGCUGAAAAGACCGAUCAGACCUCACUAAAUAAAGAUGAUAGCAUGGUUCAGGAGUUUUCUGUUUCUGACAUCUCCUGGGAUAUUAGUGUAGAGAAUCCCCAAAUUGAUGUUAUCAAAGAAUCUGGUUUGUCAAGUGCAGUCCCCGAACUACCUGCACCCGGAUUUAAUGGUACAAAUGAGACCCACAAAAGAAGCCAGUUUUUAGAGACAGAGUAUAGGAGUAAGGUUCUCGAUGACGUAUUUGAGAUUAAGGCGUUUCUGCAUCAAAGAUUGUCCGAGUUGACCAAUGGAGAUACUUUAUCUUUGCAACAUCAAGUUCAAGCGGUUGCUCCAUUUGUUUUGCAGCAAUACAAUUCUGAAGCAAUUCAUACGAUGCUCUCUGAUAUAUCCUCGGCAAUUUCAUUACUCACGAAUAGGAAAACACGAGAUUUAAUCAUGAUACUCAACUCUAAGAGAUUUCUUGAUCGGUUAGUGAGUACACUGGAAGAAAAGAAGAACCAUGAAGUGAAGUUGAAAGAGGCAUUGAAGGACUUGGAAGUGAGACGUAUUGAGCUUCAGAAUUCGUUAUCUUCAUUUUGGCCGAAGCAAGAAGCAGCUCUGAUAAAGACCAGGGAGCUCAAGAAGCUUUGCGAGACUUCACUCUCAACCAUGUUUGAUGGAAGGACGGUCAAUAUAAUUGGUGAAAUUAACACCCUGUUGUUAAACAGUAGUGCUGGUGCCUGAAAAGUUAUACUUGGUGUCUUCUUAUUUAAACUAUGUUUUAUAAAAUUUUCAUGGUGGGAUAUUGUAGUAGUGCCCUUGUCCCCUACUUUGUAUUAGAUAUCAUUACUUUAUAAGUUAUUAAUACAGUUUUCUCCAA